GCAGCCAUGCGGCGAGCUGGGGCGCUGCUCGCCCUCUGCGGCCUCAUCUGGAGCACCACCGGACGCCCUUCGCGAGAUUUUUGUUCUCAGACCCUUAACUCAGAUGUGAAACCAGGAUUUCCUAAAACAAUAAGCCCCAAUGACCCAGCAGUCCUCAAAGCGGCCAGACACAGUGUUGAAAGGUUCAACAACUGCACAAAUGACAUAUUCUUAUUCAAGGAGUCCCACAUCAGCAGAGCCCUGGUCCAGAUUGUGAAGGGCCUGAAGUACAUGCUGGACAUGGAGAUUGGCAGAACUUCUUGUAAGAAGACCCAGCACCCUAGUCUAGACAACUGUGACUUCCAGACCAACCAUACCUUACAACGGACCUUCAGUUGCUACUCUGAAGUUUGGGUCAUCCCCUGGCUCCAGAGAUUCGAGGUGUCCGUUCUCCACUGUCAGUGACUUCCACCUCUCAACAGGACUGCACUUGUGCUGUUUACUGUGCUCAGUCACAGCCCUGCCCUGGCUGUCACAGACCCUCAGACCUUCUGUAAUAUCUCAGCAGUGAGAGAAGUGCCCAUGGGUUCACUGCAGAGUAGCUGGGGUGGAAGAAAAAAGACACUGCCCAUGGCAAGAUUAAGUAUUUUGCAUUUUCUUCUAAACCUCAUUUUACUGAUGCUGUGCCCCUAGAUCUGGGGUCUGGACAUACAGGACUCAGUCCUCUGCUGGGAAUUUUUCAGGUCUUGGACCCUUGAGCAAUGCCCUCCCUGCUCUUGCACACUCAAUUACCCUGUGGUCCCAUGCUCACCAGUGAAAGCCCAGAGAUCCAUCCCUCUGACUAAAUAACCAUUACAGCACUGGGCAGGGGGCCCAAUUCUGCUAUUGAGCAUCUUGACCUUUUGUAGAUGAAUAAAGUCAUGAAUAAAUAGGAAUAAAGAACUUACCAUCUCAAA